CCCGCCGGCUCCUCAGACAGCGGCUCGCAGGUCCUCCAGCCUUCCAGCGAGAAGAAAGAAAGAGCGUCACCGGAAACCACCGAAACUCUGGGGUAGAGCGGCACGCGUUGUUCCCCUUUUCCUCUUCCUGGCUGUCCGUCCUCCUGCGAGAAAGGGCCGUGGGCUCCCCCUCUGUCCCGGCGGCCAGCGGGAGCCGCAAGAAGCCGCCGUGGACUCUCGGCGGCGUUAGAUUGCGUUGACCCAGAGCUCUGAGACUCCUCAGUACAAUGACUCAAGCAGAAAUUAAACUUUGCUCUUUGUUGCUGCAAGAGCAUUUUGGAGAGAUUGUAGAAAAAAUUGGAGUCCACCUAAUCAGAACUGGCAGCCAGCCACUGAGAGUAAUUGCCCACGACACAGGAACAUCACUGGAUCAGGUGAAAAAAGCCCUUUGUGUACUCAUCCAACAUAACCUGGUGAUAUAUCAAGUGCACAAACGUGGUGUAGUGGAGUAUGAAGCCCAGUGCAGCCGGGUAUUGCGAAUGCUUAGGUAUCCCCGGUACAUCUAUACUGCCAAAACACUGUAUAGUGACACUGGAGAGCUCAUUGUGGAGGAGCUGCUAUUGAAUGGCAAAAUGACAAUGUCAGCUGUUGUGAAGAAAGUGGCAGACCGACUCACGGAGACUAUGGAAGAUGGCAAGACCAUGGACUAUGCUGAGGUAUCAAACACAUUUGUGCGGCUAGCAGACACACACUUUGUACAGCGUUGCCCCUGGGUGCCUGCCACUGAGAAUUCAGACCCGGGGCCACCGCCACCUGCCCCCAUUCUUGUCAUCAGUGAAAAGGACAUGUACCUGGUUCCUAAACUGAGCUUGAUCGGGAAAGGUAAAAGGAGAAGAUCAUCUGAUGAAGAUGCUGCUGGGGAGCCCAAAGCCAAGAGACCAAAAUACAGCACAGAUAACAAAGAGCCCGUUCCAGAUGAUGGGAUUUAUUGGCAGGCCAACCUUGACAGAUUCCACCAGCACUUCCGUGACCAAGCCAUUGUCAGCGCAGUUGCCAACAGGAUGGACCAGUUCACUUUUCAAACCCAGACCAGCAGCGAGGUCGUGCGGACCAUGCUUCGGAUGAGUGAGAUUACCACUCCCUCUACUGACCCCUUCACCCAGCCACUGUCUUCCAAUGAGAUCUUCAGAUCCCUACCUGUUGGCUAUAACAUCUCUAAACAAGUUCUCGAUCAGUAUCUGACUCUACUGGCAGAUGAUCCACUAGAGUUUGUUGGAAAGUCUGGCGACAGUGGUGGAGGAAUGUAUGUCAUCAACCUGCAUAAAGCUCUAGGAUCCCUAGCCACAGCCACUCUGGAGUCUGUCGUACAGGAGAGGUUUGGGUCUCGCUGUGCCAGAAUAUUCCGUCUAGUUUUGCAAAAGAAACACCUGGAACAGAAGCAGGUAGAAGACUUUGCAAUGAUUCCAGCAAAGGAGGCAAAGGAUAUGCUUUACAAGAUGCUCUCAGGAAAUUUCAUAUCACUCCAGGAAAUUCCCAAAACGCCAGACCAUGCCCCAUCCAGGACCUUCUAUUUAUAUACUGUGAACAUCCUGUCAGCUGCCCGAAUGUUGCUGCACAGGUGCUACAAGAGCAUAGCCAACUUGAUAGAAAGGAGACAGUUUGAAACCAAAGAGAACAAGCGUCUACUAGAAAAGUCUCAGAGGGUGGAAGCCAUCAUUGCAUCUAUGCAGGCUACAGGUGCAGAGGAGGUACAGCUCCAAGAAAUAGAGGAGAUGAUCACAGCCCCCGAACGCCAGCAGCUAGAAACCCUGAAGCGCAAUGUCAACAAGUAAGCAUCAUAAAUCUCAAAC